AUGGCUCCCCCCGUCGCCACCUACUCUAGUCCCAUCGACGAGCCCAUCCUGCAGGCGAAGAAGAAUGGCGCUCAGAUUAACAACAAGAUCUCGUACGAGGUCCUUGAGGACUACGACGGUGGCUACCGUUUUGCCCCCAUUGAGGAGGCUCAGGUCUCGAGGGCAAUGAUCAAGCGGUACUUCAACACGAUGUACGAGCGAGCCGUCUCGGACGUGGUCAUUAUCGGCGCUGGUAGCGCGGGUCUUUCUUGCGCAUACCACCUUGCGAAGACCCGUCCUGACCUGAAAAUCACGAUCAUCGAGGCCGGCGUCGCACCGGGUGGAGGCGCCUGGCUUGGAGGUCAGCUCAUGACUCCGAUGGUUGUCCGGAAACCCGCGGACCGCUUCCUCACGGAAAUCGGCGUGCCCUUCGAGGACGAGGGCAACUUCGUCGUCGUCAAGCACGCAGCGCUGUUCACUUCGACUGUGCUGUCGAAGGUCCUCGCCAUGCCUAACGUCGUCCUCAUGAACGCGACCGCGGUGGAGGACCUCAUCAUCCGCCCGGACUCGAAGGGCGUGCAGCGCGUCUCCGGCGUUGUCACGAACUGGACUCUGGUCGCGCUCAACCACGACACGCAGAGCUGCAUGGACCCGAACGUCAUUACGGCCCCUGUCAUCGUAUCGGCGACGGGCCAUGACGGACCGAUGGGCGCGUUUUCGGCGAAGAGGCUGGUCAGUGCUGGGCUGCUGAAGGAGCUCGGCAACAUGAGGUGCUUGGACAUGAACCGCGCGGAGCCUGCCAUCGUCAAUGGCACCCGCGAAGUCGUCCCUGGUAUGAUCAUGACCGGUAUGGAGCUCUCUGAGCACGACGGCUCAAACCGGAUGGGCCCGACGUUCGGUGCUAUGAUGGCAAGCGGUAUAAAGGCCGCGAAGGAGGCCAUUCGUGUCCUUGACUCGCACGAGAUUGUCGAGGGCAAGAUCGUCGCUUAA